UAAGUCCCUUGGACCACUGAACCAUUCUACACGUGUGUUCACCUUGGUUGAUCCUGCUUUCAUUUUAACUUUGGGGCUCCCCCCCCCCCCCCCCAGACAGAGCUUCUCUGUGUAACAGUCCAGGCAGGCCUCAAACUCACAGAGAUCCACCUGCCUCCGCCUCCCAAGUGCUGGGACUAAAGGGGUGCACCACCGCCGCCCGGCUUUGGGUCUGUUUCUUACCUAGAGGUGUCCUCCAUAGCUCCUGGCCAGGUCGCCCCUGCCUUUUUCAGUCCUGCCCUGCUGCCCAGGGUGCUGCCUAGACUCAGGAGCUAGGUCUCCAUACAACUAGGCACAUUGCUUCCUUAAGCCCACCUUCUUUGUCUGUAAAAGAGGUGUUAAUACACACCCUCUGGGUUUACGGCCAAGCGGCAGGAAGUAGUACGCAGGGCUGAGGUUUUAGCUCUGUGGUGGGAGAAGCGAGGUUCUAGGUUCAAUUCCCGGCAGCGCGAAAAUGAAUUCAAAGCAAGUAGUACCAAGCAGCAGAGGGCUUACUCUGCUGAAGAGGGACCGGAAGGGCUGUGCAGCCUGUGGCUCGGCCCUCGGUCCACGGCCCCCCACAACUGGUGCCCUCACAGGAGUUCACCUCGUGCCCGGCCCCGCCCUCACCUUUGUGACGUAGUAGCCGCGCCUCCUGCCUCCGCGUUAGCCGCCCGAGACCCACAGCUCUCCGAGACUUGGCCCGUUGGAGGUUGCUUUGGUGUGAAAACACGGGUGGAUCUUCCCGGGCCAUGAUGAAACUAGCUGCUGGCUUCCUUCUGCUGCUUCUGGAAGUGCGGCUCCUGCCUGUAACACCUCUCUCAGCUGAGGAUUCAUCUUCGGCCUCCACUCCAGGCAGCCCUCUCUCAUCCACUGAAUAUGAACGUUUCUUCGCCCUGCUGACCCCAACCUGGAAGGCAGAGACCACCUGCCGCCUCCGUGCAACUCACGGCUGCCGGAACCCCACUCUCGUCCAGCUGGACCAAUAUGAAAACCACGGAUUGGUACCAGAUGGUGCUGUCUGCUCUGACCUCCCGUAUGCUUCCUGGUUUGAGUCCUUCUGCCAAUUUGCUCAGUAUCGUUGCUCCAACCAUGUCUACUACGCCAAGAGGGUCCGAUGCUCCCAGCCAGUUUCCAUCCUCUCACCCAACACUCUCAAGGAGAUAGACUCUCCCCCAGAAGUCCCUGCCACCACCAUGACAUCCCCCAUGGCAUCCCACGCCACAGCCACAGAACAACGCCAGGCCUUCCAGCCUUGGCCUGAGCGGCUCAACAACAACGUGGAGGAACUGCUUCAGUCGUCCUUGUCCCUGGGCGGCAAGGAGCAGCAGGGCGGUCACAAGCAAGUGCAGGAGCAGCACAAGCAGGAGCUAGUACAAGAUCAUAAACAAGAGGACGGGCAGGAGCAGGAGGAGCAGGAGGAGGAAGAGGAGGAGGAGGAGACAAAGCAGGAAGAGGGGCAGGGGACAGAGGAGGGUCUGGAGUCAAUGUCCAAUCUGCAGUCGUACUCGGAGCCCAAGUUUCAGUCGGAGUCUCUGUCUUCCAACCCUUCCUCCUUUACUCCCCGGGUCCGAGAAGUGGACUCUGCUCCACUGAUGAUGGAGAACAUCCAGGAGCUCAUUCGGUCAGCCCAAGAAAUGGACGAAAUGAAUGAACUGUACGAUAACUCCUGGAGAAGCCAAAGCACUGGCAGCCUCCUGCAGCUGCCCCACACGGAGACCAUGAUGGUGCUAUGCUAUUCCAUUAUGGAGAAUACCUGCACCAUGACUCCCACAGCCAAGGCCUGGAGCUACAUGGAGGAGGAGAUCCUUGGCUUCGGGGAUUCGGUCUGUGACAGUCUUGGACGGCGACACACAGCUGCCUGUCCCCUCUGUGCGUUCUGCUCCCUGAAGCUGGAGCAGUGCCAUGCUGAGAGCAACGUGCUGAGGCAGCACUGUGAUGCUUCCCACAAGAUACCCUUCAUCAGCCCCUUCCUCUCAUCCCAGAGCAUAUCCACCGGCAACCAGGCGAGGAUCCCAGACAAAGGCCGCUUUGGUGGGCUAGAUAUGUACGGAGGGCUCAGCUCUGACUUCUGGUGUAACCGGCUUGCCAUGAAGGGCUGUGAAGAUGAACGAGUCUCCAAAUGGCUCAAGGCUGAGUUCCUAAGCUUCCAGGAUGGGGACCUCCCCACGAAGAUUUGUGACACAGACUAUGUCCAGUACCCAAACUACUGUUCCUUCAAAAGCCAACAGUGCCUGAUGAAAAACCAGAACCGGAAGGUGAGCCCCUACCCUGUCCUCACCCCUUACCAGUCCCAGACCCUCCUGGGAGGGUCUGUUCUGAGCCCUUCUCUUCCAGAAGCUGGGCUGUGGAAACAGUUCCCUGUCUGCAUCUGUGAGGCAGAGACCUCUACAUGGUGCCUCCUCCUCUUCCUAGUCUGGAGUGAGUCAGGCCCUCUCAGACAGGAGUGGGCAGGGGAGGUACAGAAAGGAGGGAUGGGCCCUGAGGACCCAGCGGGAGACCCUUAGCUGGCCUGAAAACGGGAUGUUGAGUUUCAGCCUCCCAGCCUUACUCAUCAGGUAACCUACUACGGUAAGUUGCUUCCUGUCUGAGUCUAGGCCGCCUCCGUCUUAAAGGAGGUUGAACUGUUGAAACCCCACCUGCAUUCCUUUCUGCCCUCUAGCACCUGCCCCUGGUUCUGAUUCCUCCUCACUUCAUGCUCCAUACACACAUGAUGCUUUUGUAGGUGUACCGCAUGAGAUGUAUGAUGAACGAGAACUACAACGUGCUGAGCCCGGCUAAAAGUGAGGAGGUUAUCCUCCGGUGGAACCAAGAGUUUAACACUCUGGCUCUAGGCC